ACCGAUACAUCACUAAUGUUGCAUUCAAGUGUGGUAUGGAACCACCGUAAACUUUCGUUUCAUACAGCCAGUCUUUUAAGUAACAUACUGUAUUUGUUUUAUAAAAACCUAAAAGUAAUGUUAGCCAUUAACAGCUAUCAAGUGUAUUUGUGUACUGCAACAUGGCAUUUUGUAAGUCACAAUCUCAGAGUAGUUUUUUAGGUGAAUAUAUAAUUUAUAAUGCUACAAACACUGCAGGCCUUUAAGAUUUGUAGUAUUUUCUUAAUUAAGCUGACGUGAGCGUUACUUUUGAUGGCAUUUAGCUACAACUUGGGAUCUAAUGGUGUAAACAGUGUUUUCGGUGUGCUCUAUGCUGUCAUGGAUGUAAUAAUAAGAAUUGGACACGGACUAGCGCAUCUUUCUUGGGGGAACAUGAAUGCAGCAAAAGUAUCCGGAUGUGACGCAAAUACGCAAACGACGUGAGUGUGACAUCACUGAAGAUGGCAGCGCUGGCGUCCUUGAUGCUCAGGACCAGAGCAGGUCUGUUGGUACCUGGCCAGACCUCCCCUCUACUGGACUCUGUGAGGUUUGCAUCUAAGAAGGCUGGUGGCAGCAGUAAGAACGUCGGAGGAAAGAGCCCUGGUCGGAGAUAUGGCUUCAAGAAACAGGAUGGUAAUUUUGUCCAUGCGGGUAACAUCCUUGCAACCCAGAGGCUGAUGAGGUAUCACCCAGGAGCACAUGUGGGGAUGGGAACCAACAAGACGCUCUUCGCUCUGGAGGACGGCUACAUCACGUUCACCAAGGAGGUCUACGUCCCGGCGCCACGCAGCCUCGAGGCCACCCGGGUCAUCACCAAACUGCCAAAAGGAGCCGUGCUCUACAAAACCUUCAUCAGCGUCCUGCCAAUCAAACAGGAGGGCAAGUUUAAGCUGGUGGACAUGGUCUAAAACGGACCGGACUGGACUUGGGACGGCAUUGUUUCCCAGGUAUUCUUGCGGUGGCCCGGGAUCGAGACGGAUUUGUUUCAAACAACACUUUCCGGUGAUCUAAGUGAACAGCAGAACGUCGGUGGGAAUGUGAAGACUCUCGGCCUCCUCUUUGGCUUUCUGUCUCCACGUUCCAUAAUUAUGUGACACACUCUACUGCGCCUAUUAGACACAGGUUAAACUACACAGAAAAAUCCCCUCUGUGUAUUUACAGAAAACAUAACUUACCACCUUAAUGAGCUGAGGUGCCAUUGCCGUAAUACUGAACAUGUACUGUAUUAAAGUUUUAUAUGUUAAAGUCUUUA